GUUCAAUUUUAUUUAAUAGUUUUAUUGGCUGUAUUAUUUUUGACUUUAUUUAUCUAAUUUUGAUAAUUAUAAUCAAGAAUCUUUUGGGUUGAAUAAAUAAUUGAUCCUAAGAAGCUAAGGAGGAUUCCAAUAAGAAUUUAAGUAUUAUAUUCUUCAUUUAGGUAAAAGAAGGAGUAAGAAGUCAUUACUAAAUCUUUAAGAUUGUUAGUGAUAGCAAUAGCUGUUGGAGAAUUAUACAUAGUACAUAAGUUUGUAAAAUAGCAAAGAAUGACUCCCAUAAAAGAUGAUAAAAUAAAUAUUAGAAGAAAAUAUUAAUAUUAAUUAAUGAGAUUAAUAAAAUUAUUAAUUUCUGAUGUUGUGAUAAUUCCUAAAAUUAAAAAUGGUAUUUAGUUAUAUGCAUUUUAGUAAGUUAAUUCUAAUGGAUGAAUAAAUUUAUCAGUAUUCAAUUAUUUAGAUUUAUUUAAAGCUAAUGCAUUAAAAAGAUUAUUAAAUAAAAUAAAGAUAUAACCUUGGAUAUUUUGAUCAAAAUGUUGGAUGCCUAAGAAAAUUAGAUUAAAGUACCUGAGAGAAUAGCUCCAAAAGUAAUUAAAAAGACUGGAAUGAAAGUAGUUAUAGAAUAUUUUUUCGACAUUAAAAACACAAAAAGUAUGAGUGUUCUUCUUAAUGAAGUGUAGAGUGAAAUGUUAAUGAUUUAUAAUCCUCUAAUUCCAGUAUAGGUUUAAAUAGCAUAAAGAAGAGAAAACAAAAAGGUUUCUUUUGAGAAAUGAGUACGUUUGUUGAGGAUAAGAC